AGGCAGGUCACACUGCUUCCACCACCAGACCACCUUCCCCCUCUUAUCGGCACAAGGUUUUAUAUUUAAGCGCGCGCAAUCGCUUACUGAGAAUAUAGUUGUGUGAAAUAUUGUGCGACUAGCUUUUUUCGGCUUCAAAGCAAACUUCAAAGAUGGCAGAGCUUCCCACUGAACUCCAACAACUCUUCGCUUUUGUGGAAACUAAAAAAGGCGAUUACAUAGAUGCGUUGAAAACAGCCUGUGGAAUACAGUCAGUUUCAGCAUGGCCGGAUAAGCGCGGCGAAAUUGAUCAGAUGGUCGACUGGACUGCAGAGAAGCUGAAGGCACUAGGGACCGAAAUUGAAUUGGCUGAUGUUGGCAAACAGACAUUGCCGAGUGGUCAAGUAAUCCCUCUGCCGAAGGUACUGCUGGGAACCCUGGGAAAAGAUGCUUCCAAAAAGACUGUCCUUGUCUAUGGACAUUUAGAUGUGCAGCCUGCCUUAAAAGAGGAUGGCUGGAAUACCAAUCCUUUCGAACUCACCGAAAUCGAUGGCAAAUUGUUUGGUCGCGGCGCAUCUGAUGAUAAGGGACCUGUUCUAUGCUGGAUUCAUGCCAUCGAAGCCUACCAAAAGCUUAACAUUCCCCUCCCACUUAACAUAAAGUUUGUGUUUGAAGGCAUGGAAGAGAGUGGUAGCGAGGGCCUUGAUGAUUUAUUAAUGCAGCGUAAGAACGAUUUUCUUGCUAACGUUGAUUACGUUUGUAUUUCCGACAACUACUGGCUGGGUAAAAAACGCCCUUGCUUGACUUAUGGUCUACGUGGAUUAGCCUACUUUCAAAUAGAAGUAGAGUGCUCUUCUAAGGAUCUUCACAGCGGAGUUUUUGGAGGUACUGUCCACGAGGCUAUGCCGGAUUUAUGCUACUUGCUUAGUAUUCUUGUUGACAAGGACACCAACAUUUUAAUUCCUGGAGUAAAUCGAGAUGUGGCACCUCAGCUUAAAAACGAACAAUCCAUAUAUGAAAACAUAGACUUUGAAGUGGCUGAAUACAAGAAAGAUAUUGGCGUUGAUAAGCUACCACAUAAUGGCGACAAAAUCAGGUUACUUCAGGCCAGAUGGCGGUAUCCCAGCCUGUCUGUCCAUGGAAUCGAAGGUGCUUUUUAUGAGCCAGGUGCCAAAACGGUUAUUCCAAAGAAGGUCAUUGGAAAGUUUUCUAUUCGUUUGGUGCCUGAUCAGGACCCGAAUCAUAUUGAGGAAUGUGUCGUUAAAUACCUAAAUGAGAAAUGGACCGAGCGUGGAUCUCCAAACAGCAUGAAGGUUGUAAUGCUUUCGGCUGGCAAGCCAUGGACUGAAGAUCCGAACCACCCCCAUUAUGAAGCCGCAAAGAGGGCCAUCAAGCAUGUAUUCAAAGUGGAGCCGGAUAUGACUAGGGAGGGCGGUUCCAUUCCCGUAACUCUAACACUGCAGGAAGCUACUGGAAAAAAUGUAAUCCUUGUACCAGUGGGAGCUUGUGACGACGGGGCUCAUUCUCAAAACGAGAAAAUUGAUAUUUACAACUAUAUUGAAGGAACCAAAUUGCUUGGGGCCUAUUUACACGAAGUUGGAAAACUAUAAUCAUAAAGUAAUAAACAUAAGCAUACCGGGCCCGAUAACACAUCACAAUAGUGCACUUAUAAUAUUUUACACUUUUAUAUGAAUUAGCUAUUAAAAUACCAUUCCCUGAGUAAAAAAA